AUGGAAAUCAACAUUAAGAAAAGGUAUUGCUGGCCAGACUCUCGAACAGUAUUAGCAUGGAUAAAAUCCGAUCCACGCACGUUCAAAACCUUCGUCGCACACAGACUAGCUGAAAUAGAAGAAUUCUCAAAAACAUCAGGAUGGAGUUACGUACCCACUAAACAAACGACUUUCGGCAGCAACCAUUGGUGGUUCAACGGUCCAGAAUUCUUAAAACUUGACUGCAACAAAUGGCCUAAAGAUCACAACCACAAGAAGUUUGCCAAAGUAACUCGCCUAAGAAGACUCACCGCCGUUAUAGAAGAUGAUAUAAUGCAACUUGAAACUCGCCUAUCCACCGCCAACUACAUAGCAAUAUUCUACAAAAAACCUCGAUUACCCGAAAAACCGCAAUCACAACACCAUAAUGAACGAGAUUCGACGUGA